AUGGCCGGCAAUAACUUUGCCCAAUUCCUCGUGGUAGGACCAACAUGUUUCUUCCUCGGCAUUCUCUUCGCCCAACUGCCCUACGACUACAACGUACUCUGGACGCUCCCUGACGACCGCACCCUCUACUUCAACAUCCUCGAAGAGCACAUCAAAUUCAUGUACGCGUCCCCUGCUAUCGUCUCGCGCAUCCUCAACAUCGCCAUCGGCACCGGCAUCCUCGGCUUCCUCAUCAAGCUCUUCAAGCCAAACCAAGCCAACAUGCUCUUCGACGGCGCCUCUCUCGUCCUCUACAUGGCUGGCAUCACCGUCUACCUGACCAACAUCGUCAAGGGCUUCCGCGUCGUCACCGCAGGCAUCUACGGCGACGUCUCCAAGGCCAGCCCCGGCGAACUGACCGAAGACGACGCGGCGGAUUAUAUCAGCCGCGAAGAUACGCUGAGGGUGUUUGCGGCGAGUAAUACCAUUUUGGCGCUCGUCCUGGUCGGCGUGCUGGUCUUGCAGGCGGGGCAGUGGUAUGCGAAACGGGCCGAGGAGAGGGAGCUGGCGGAGUUUGAGCGACAGGCUGAGGAGAAGAAGGGGGCGGGGAAGAAGAAGUUGUAG